AUGAGCCGAAUAAAAGAUCAUCCUCCAAGACUGUUCUUCCGCUGCGGAAACCCACUCAAAGUUCUUGUUCCCAAGAACAACAACGCAGGCAUAUCCCAAAAUCUUCUCUCACUGUUAAACAAUUUCGAGACAAACUUGACGGUAUUAAUUAAAGAUCUUAUACCAAAGGAUGAUGGAAAUGCUAUUCUCACCGUUUCUUGGAUGAAGGAAGCAAUGACAUCUCUUUGUAAGACACACAAGAGUAUCAAGAAACUCGUGACAGAGGUAGAGCUUCCUGUCUCGGACUUGGAAGAAAACUUUAUUUAUAUCUACUCUGGCAUUAGCUUGAAGCUGCUUGAACUCUGCAACUCCUUCACCUCAGAGCUCGACCGUCUCAACUACGGAAACCUAUUACUCAAGUUUGCUUUUAAUAAGCUGGAGACAAGGAGUUGUUCUGAGGAAACUUUUUUGUUGCAUCUUGAGAGUUGGAGGAAACACAUGGCUUCAAAGAACCCGAGAAUCGAAAUCUGCGGUGCGAUUUUGAGUAGUCUUGUUGAAUCGUUGCAACAUCAUCAUCAUAGUCUCUCCAAGAAGAAACUAUCUGGAAAAGGAAGAGUCCUCCAACGAGCUCUAUAUGGUGUAAACGUCAAGACUUUGUACAUAUCCAGCGUGUUUGCUGCAGUGUUUUCUGGAACUUCGAAUAGUCUCUUGUGUCUAACCAUUCCAAAGGAGAUGGAGGACGUUCCAUGGGCUCAAGCUUUAAUGGAUUUGCAGAACAUGGUUAACCCGGAGAUCAAAAACGCAUUUUUGUCAGACAGGUUCACGGUUAUUAAAGAUCUAGAGGAAGUUGAAUCAGGUGUGAAGAAGCUUCACAUAGCGGUUCAAGAAGGGUCAGUUACUAAUGUAGUGGUGGAGAUAUUGAAUAAAUCAGUGAUGGAACUGUCGGAUAGGUUUGAUCUUGUCUCCAAGGAAACAGGUUGCUUGUUGAAGACAGUGAUCUUUGCUCGAGACGCAAUGGGGGAGAGGCUGUGGACCAAAUCUGAAGAAGACUUAGUAGUCACAUUGCCCAUGAUUAUAAGUGUUAAAAGAGACUUGUUUGUGAAUAGUAAGAGUGUUUUGUUUCAUGUUCAGUAA